CGUUUGUGCACUGUGGUCAUUAUCAUCUGUCAUCAGAUGAUCUGAAAUUCUGAAAAAUUAUUAAAAUUAAAAACUAAUUUUAUUUUAAUGUUUAUUGUUCCUCUAACAAAUAACAAUUUCAUUAUUUCAUAUCAAUAGUAAUUAAUUGUUAUUGCAAAUAACAAUAUGCCUACUCUUGAUGGAAAAGAAAUCGAUAUAUUUUUUACUGAAGAAGACUUACCAUAUGAAGAAGAGAUAUUAAGAAAUCCAUUUUCAGUCAAACAUUGGCUUAGAUACAUAGAACAUAAAAAAUCUGCACCCAAAAAUGAAAUUAAUAUGAUCUAUGAGAGAGCUCUCAAAGAAUUACCAGGUUCUUUUAAGCUUUGGUACAAUUAUCUUAAAUUAAGAAGAUCACAGAUUAGAGGUCGUUGCAUUAUAGACCCUGCUUAUGAAGAUGUUAACAAUUGUUUUGAAAGGUCACUUGUUUUUAUGCAUAAAAUGCCUAGAAUAUGGAUGGAUUACUGUACCUUUCUAACAGACCAAUGUAAAAUAACUGUUACUAGGAAUGCAUUUGAUAGUGCUUUAAGGGCUUUGCCUAUUACACAACAUCAUAGAAUUUGGCCACUUUAUCUCAGUUUUCUAAAGAAACAUAACAUCCCAGAAACAGCUGUGAGAGUAUUCAGACGAUAUCUCAAGCUAUCUCCAGAAGACACAGAAGAAUAUAUUGAUUAUUUAAUAGUAAUAGAAAAAUUAGAUGAAGCAGCAGUGAAACUGGCACAACUUGUUAACAAUGAGAACUUUCAGUCAAAGCAUGGAAAAUCAAAUCACCAACUUUGGAAUGAACUUUGUGAAUUAAUAUCUAAAAAUCCAGACAAAAUUCAUUCACUAAAUGUUGAUGCUAUAAUUAGAGGUGGACUUAGACGUUAUACUGAUCAGUUAGGACAUCUGUGGAACUCAUUAGCAGACUAUUAUGUUAGGAGUGGUCUGUUUGAGAGAGCUAGAGAUAUCUAUGAAGAAGCCAUACAAACUGUAACCACUGUUAGAGACUUUACUCAGGUUUUUGAUGCAUAUGCUCAAUUUGAGGAACUCAGUCUAAGUAAAAAAAUGGAGGAAGUUGCUAAGAAAGUAAAUCCCACUGAAGAUGAUGACAUUGAUUUAGAACUUAGAUUAGCAAGGUUUGAAUACUUAAUGGAGAGAAGAUUGCUACUUCUGAAUUCAGUGCUUUUAAGGCAAAACCCACAUAAUGUAGCUGAAUGGCAUAAAAGAGUUAAACUUUAUGAAGGCAAACCCCAUGAAAUUAUUGAUACAUACACAGAGGCAGUACAAACUGUAGAUCCAAAACUAGCAGUAGGAAAGCUUUACACCCUUUGGGUGGGUUUUGCCAAAUUUUAUGAAAGUAAUGACCAAAUUGAAGAUGCAAGAUUGAUUUUCGAGAAAGCAACCCAAGUUAGUUAUGCAAAAGUUGAUGACCUGGCUUCGGUUUGGUGUGAAUGGACAGAAAUGGAAAUAAAACAUGAAAACUAUGAAAAAGCCUUAACAUUGAUGCAAAGAGCUACAGUACUACCAAGCCGCAAAGUAGCUUAUCAUGAUGACAAUGAAACUGUUCAAAUGCGUUUGUACAAGUCCUUAAAGGUAUGGUCCAUGUAUGCUGAUUUAGAAGAAAGUUUUGGCACAUACAAAUCCUGUAAAGCUGUCUAUGACCAUAUUAUUGAUUUAAAAAUAGCUACACCACAAAUAAUAAUAAAUUAUGGCUUAUUUUUGGAAGAACACAAUUAUUUUGAAGAAGCUUUCAGAGCAUAUGAAAAGGGAAUAGCUCUUUUCAAAUGGCCAAAUGUAUAUGACAUCUGGAACACAUAUCUGACCAAAUUCUUAAAAAGAUAUGGGGGGUCAAAACUAGAAAGGGCUAGAGAUCUGUUUGAACAAUGUUUAGAACACUGUCCACCAGAGUUUGCUAAGUCAAUUUUCUUACUAUAUGCUAAAUUAGAAGAGGAACAUGGUUUAGCCAGACAUGCCAUGUCUGUGUAUGAGCGAGCCACAACAGCGGUUCUACCAGAACAGAUGUUUGAGAUGUUUAAUAUUUACAUUAAAAAAGCUGCUGAGAUAUAUGGAGUGCCAAAAACACGACAAAUAUAUGAGAAAGCAAUUGAAACUUUGCAAGACGCUAAGGCUAGAGAAAUGUGUAUAAGAUUUGCAGAAAUGGAAACACGUCUGGGUGAGAUUGACAGGGCACGUGCCAUAUAUGCACACUGUAGUCAAAUGUGUGAUCCUCGUAUAACUGCAGAAUUUUGGAAUACUUGGAAAGAAUUUGAAGUCAGACACGGAAAUGAGGAUACAAUGCGUGAAAUGCUUAGAAUUAAGAGAAGUGUACAAGCUACAUACAACACUCAAGUGAACAUGAUGUCAGCACAAAUGUUAAGCUCAGCGGCACAGGCAGCAGGUACUGUAUCAGAUCUUGCUCCUGGAAUGAAAGAUGGCAUGCGAAUGUUGGAGGCCAAAGCAGCUGAAAUGGCUGUUCAGAACAAAGGUAACAUUCUAUUUGUUAGAGGUGAAACUCAAGGUCUCAAAGAAGCUGAUAAAGUAGUAAAUCCUGAUGAAAUUGAUAUUGACGAAGAAGAAUCUGAAAACAGUGGAGAUGAAGAUGAAGAAGUGGCACCUGUGCAGAAAAAAGAAAUUCCUGCUGCUGUUUUUGGAGGUUUACUAUCUGAAAAGGAGUAGAUUUUCUGAUACACAAAUAAAAUAAAUAAACCAUUAAUUAAUAAA